AUGAAGCUGCUCCCGUGGCUGAUCUUGCCGAUCCUGGUGGCGGAGUCUCUCCAAAAAGCCAUUACGGAAGCCGACUCGACGUCACUUGGAACAUCUGACGUGCCGGAAGGUAGUGGCGGAAACAGCGAUCCGAGCAGUGAGGAGCAGACCGUAACAGCAGCCGACUUGCCAGAUUUUCCCCUCAAAGUCAAGAAAAUAAUUAGCCUCUCAAUUUUGCCCCCGGACGAAUCCGCGGCUUCUUCUAGCGCAGAAAGCAGCGAAGAAGAACGGAAAACCAUCAUAGGAACCCCCACCGUGGCACGAGAGAACUCGGUCUAUCCAAACCCUUCAGACCCCGCUCUCGAAAUCCUGGGAGAAAACCCGGGCUCGACAGCAGAAGAUAGCGACCUCGACAAGAGCCUGACGAUGACCUCUGCGAGUGUAGCCUACGCUCCUCAAUUGUCGGCUAUCUUUUUGGCAAAUGGUAAAAUUCAGUCAGACAUUGAAGACACCGUCACGCUAUCCCCACCGUCGAGAGACUCUCAUGACGAGGGAGGUCAAGCCCCUGAUCAGGACAUGCCCUUAGCGAAAGGGAAGAGCGAAGCUUCUCCCCAAGAGCACAGGGGAACUGAUACCGGGGACGAGCCCGGUGAUACGAUUUCCGACGGAAAAAACGGCCGGACAAUCACGCGAUCCCAUCACGACAGCGCGGAAACUCUACGAGAGAAUUUAAGCGCCUCGACCGCCGCCAGUGCAAAGGAGCCCGAUGAACCCCCCGCGACAGCCCUCUCCGAGAUCUCUAGCUUGGUUCCAUCUCAAGAGAGUUCUUCAAUACUCGAGCAUUCGACGGCUUCUCCCAUCGAGGCGAGCACCGGAGCGAUACUGAUCGAGCGGUCCACAACGAUGCAAGCGAUAGACUCGUCACCUGCAGAGGCUGCUGGAAGCUCAUCGAGUCCGGAGAGUGCCUCGAGCGUAAUCCCAUCGAGUACGACGGAUCAUCCGCCGACAAGUGGAGCUUCGGCCUCUCCCAGCUCGGUCGUCACAGACAGCUCGGGGACGACGGAGUAUCCACCCAAGCCUGGACCGAGGGUUGAGAACGUGGACAAUUCGACCCGAUUCGUGUUCCAAAAAGGGGCGCGAACGACCUGCGUGUCCGCUCAAGCUUGCUCAGCCAGACGCGAUCAACUCCAGUGCAUCGGUGAAUUCUGUGAGACGCUCAUCAAAACAGUCACGUGCAAUCGUGCCGGCGACUCAAAUGCGAGCACGGAAACCUCGUUCGGAAGAUAUACGCUGCCGGUUCAAUGGACAUGCGGCUCAUCGGAUUUCGAACCGGACUUCCGGAUCAGCGAAGCGAAAGUUGUCUGUGAGGGUUUCAAAUAUCCCGGAGAUAAAUGGAUCGUCAAGAAUUCCUGUUCUCUACUGUUCCACCUUGAUCGCUCGAAUAUCCCACCGCUGAUCAGUGUGGAGGUAAAGGAGGCAGACGCUCCGAAGGCCAGUGUCCUUGCGAUCGUGCUAACGCUGCUCGUGGUGUGUGGAAUGACGUAUCUCUUGAUCAAAGUCGUAAUUCUCAAGCGGAGGCACGGACUCUGGAUUCCAUCCUAUUGUGCGCUCCCUCUAAAAGCUCGGAUGAAUUUCCGGAGGGAGGAACACACCGACUACGAUGAGGAACCGGUUAACGUGCAUUUCGAUUUGAACGAGGAGCAGACGAGUAUCGGUAGACAUCGCAAUGGGUCUUACGGCUUACAGUAGACUCUCUGAGCCCACGCGAAUUGACUGUAAAAAUGUUAUCGACAACUUCCCGAUGAGAUCCCAUCGGAGGGCUAGGCAUCGAGCUCGUGAAUCAACGAGAGUCGUGGAGAGCCGAGGAUGAUUUCCCGAC